UCCAUUCACUCUCCUCAAAAGAAAUAAAAAAAUGGCUCUCAAAUUUAAUUCCAUCCUUGGGUUUCUCUUAGCUCUGGUGAUUGCUACCGUUCUUUUCCAUGUCUCCGCCGCACAUGGCGGUCGGAGAGAGGUUUUGGCGGGAAGCUGGAGUCCCAUAAAAAACAUAACGGAUCCUGAGGUGGUGGAGAUAGGAAAAUUUGCGGUGAAUGAGCACAACAAAGAGGCGAAGACCAAGUUAGAGUUUGAGAAAAUAAUAAAGGGAGAGAGCCAAGUCAUUGCUGGAACAAAUUAUCGACUAGUCAUCGCCGCCAAGGACGGUGGUGAACCGCACCAAUACAUGGCAGAGGUGUGGGACAAGCCAUGGGAGAAAUAUAGGAACCUUACUUCAUUUAAGGAUUUACGAUGUAAUGAAGAAAAAGGAGAACAAAAUUGUCUUUUUGCUUAAGUUUAGUUGAUCAUAACGAUGUUAGAUCUGAAGGAAGCAUCUAAUCUGCAAAAAAAAUAUAAUGUAGUUUAGUGAAGAUAAUAAAAGCAAUCAUAUAUAUUGCAUGUCAUCUUUUUAUUUAAUGUUGUGUGAUCAUUUUCUUUAUGUUAUUUCUUGUUAGUCAUUUGAUUAGGUUA